AGCUUUGUUCAAGACUCCUUCGGCUUUGGCCUUGAACCAGAGCCAGCACUGCAAGCAGCUGGAAGGGCUGGUUGUUUCUCAAGUCCAACUGUGCCGCAGCAACCUGGAGCUGAUGCAGACGAUUAUCCAGGCUGCCCGUGAGGUCAUCAAGACGUGCCGGAAAGCCUUUUCCGACAUGCGGUGGAAUUGCUCGUCCAUCGAGCGAGCUCCGAAUUACUUGCUGGAUUUGGAGAGAGGUAAAAGGGAUGGGCAAUGUAACAAAACGUCCAAUGGAAGCGACAGUUGUGACUUGAUGUGCUGCGGCCGCGGCUACAAUCCUUACAUGGACAAGGUGGUGGAGAGAUGCCACUGCAAGUAUCACUGGUGCUGCUACGUUACCUGCAAAAAGUGUGAGCGGACUGUCGAGAGGUACGUGUGCAAAUGAAGCCUUGCCCACGCCUCUCCGCUGCUUUC